ACAGAGGUAAAGCAGAACCGGUUCUCUGAGCUAGGGCAGAGACUGUGAGGCUCACAUCAAGAUGUCUCAUUGUCACAUGUUCUCAAAAAUUUCUUUAGGACAAAGUCUUUCCUGACUCUCUUGGGUCUAAAUCAGGAAUUACUUUAAUAAGGUCUUUGGGAAUCAUAUUUGGAGGGUGUGUAGAAAAUGAACCAUCAUCUGCCCAGGUCAAGUGCACACAUGCUUAUGUUGGGAUUCCUGUUCACCUGCAUCACAAUGAUGUGGUUCUCUUUUUCAGUGCCAACAUUCCAAGUCAACUCACUAAGUUUUCCAGUGACAGCUCCAUGUGCAAAUAAAACCCCAACAAGGCAAAAGAAGUCUUCUUUCUCUAAAAGUGAGCACUGUGUGCCAAAAGUGAACAUAAUGUUCUUGAAGACCCACAAAGCAGCAAGCAGCACUGUUCUAAAUAUAAUUCUGCGCUAUGGAGAGAAGAAUGGGUUGAAGUUCGCUCUCCCCAACGGUCAAAACGAUUUCUCGUAUCCUGAUACAUUCAGGCGCGUAUAUGUGAAGGAUUACAAGCCAGGUGCAUGCUUUAAUGUCAUCUGCAACCACAUGCGUUUCAAUGCUCCUGAGGUCGAAGCUCUUCUACCUAGCGACACGUUCUUUUUCACCAUCCUCCGAGACCCAGCUCUGGUUUUCGAGUCCUCGUUCCAUUACUACAAAAGAGUCAUACCCUUGACAUGGAGGAUCCAUGGUGAGGAUAAACUGAUGGAUUUUCUGAAUGAACCACAGCUCCACUUUGACUCAAAUGGCUUCAACUCCUUUUACCUAAAGAACAUUCAUUUUUUUGACUUAGGCUUUGACAACACACUGGAACCAGAGGAUCCAUUAGUGGACAGAGCCAUUCGUGCCAUUGCAGAGCGCUUCCAAUUUGUCAUGAUUGCUGAACAUUUUGAGGAGUCCCUCAUUCUGCUCAAGGAUGCUCUCUGCUGGCAGAUGGAUGACUUGCUGUUCUUCAAUAUGAACACCCGCAGGCCUACAAGUGUGUCCCAGCUUACACCUGAGCUGAGGGCCAAGGCGCGUGAGUGGAACGGAGUUGACUGGAAGCUUUACCGUUACUUCAACGCCACGCUCUGGGCCAAAGUAAACGCCUACGGCAGGAAGCGCAUGGAGCAGGAGGUGCAAAAAUUGCGCCAGAAGAACAGCAAGAUGGCAGCCCUCUGCAUUAGUGGUGGGAUGGCUGUGGAGGAUCAGAACAUAAGGGACCUAAGCAUGAGGCCCUGGCAGCCUGUUGGAGAGAGCUCUAUUUUAGGAUACAACAUGAAGAGCAACAUCGAGCAACCAUUCAGGGAUAUCUGCCGAAAAAUGCUCACACCUGAAAUUCAGUAUUUAACAGACCUGGGUGUAAAUCUGUGGAAAACCAGAUUAUGGGGCUGGUUCAAAGAUAUUUUCACACUAUGAUUUAAAGAAAUAGUUCCAUUCUAUGUCUGAUCUCAUGAUUCUGAAAAGAAUGGAACGAUUUGAAAUAAUUAAAUAGGGUGUAAACGUUUUCUGACAACUGUGACAAAGAAAUGGCAGCCUAUGCAGUAAAUUAGCAUGUUUAAUAUUUUUUUUUGUGUAUAUGGAACUGUUUAGAUAGAACCUAAUAUGAAAUGUACUUUAAUCAUUCUUGAUUAUUUUUUAAGAGUAAUCAACAGAAGGUAAAAUGAAUCUGAUCCAUGCAAGGUCCAUUACAUUUUCCUUUCCCCUGUGUUUUGACUGCUGAUUAGUUUGCCACCUUCUCUGAUGAGAUCUCAUUUUGCAAUCUGUUCUUCCUUCGUUUCUCCGUACCAUUUUCCUCCACUUUCUAUAGAUGCUUCUUUUCUGCAGCAAUCCUACUACCUGCCUGUAAAAGCUCAUUAUUUCUACAAACAGAUCCGGAAAGAACUCUUUACUUUCAUCACUAAUAUUGUAAACAUCUAGCCAUUUAUUGACAAAUAAGGCUUAAACUGACUCUGAAAAUUCUAGGCACUUCAGACAUCUUCACUUAUCUGUUUUCUAUUUGAAAUUCUUCAAUAUACUGUAUAUUCUCAGCUGAAAAGAUCUCCAAAAUCGAGUCUUUACCCAGUCUGAUCUCACCACUGAGAAGCUUCAUGCCACUCGAUCAGCCAAACUUUUAGUUCUCAUCCUUCUUAACAGCUCAGCAGCCUUCAACAUGGUCAAUAACAAGAUCCUUCAGUCCAUCUGAGCCUUUGAAUCUGUUGCACAGUAUGGCAAUGGUAUGGCAAUGGUAUGGCAAUGGUAUGGCAGUCACAGUGGGACUAUUACAUCAAUUAUUAUGAAGAGGACACACAUCUGCUGCAUGUGGAAUUUCUACUGGUGUCCCACAAAGCUCAGCUCUCAGACCCCUAAAAUUCUCCCUCUACGCCUGUACUACUGCUGAGGUUUUAUCCUGAUAUCCGUGAUUUUAAUACCACUGCAAUAUUGAUGCUGAUCCUCUUCUUUUUCCAAGUAGGACUUUAUUUUUCUUCCCCAAAGAUUCAGAUACACCCCUAUUCAGAUCAUACCAUCUGACAACACAGGUAAUUCUCAUGUUGCUAACCUAACUCAGUCAUUCAACAACAGAAGGAUCUCAAUCAAAAUCUUAGUUCACUGUCUGUCUUCACACAAAGACAAAACCUACCUCUUCAUUAAGAACAUUCUUUUAGCACUAAUGAAAAAAAAAACUUGACUUGGACUGUUUUUGUUGUGCUAACUACUCAGGACUAUUGGAGCAGAGCACAACCUCUUGAUCAACAGCCCAGGGCUCUAGCCAUGCCUGGUGGUUACCCCAGAAGAUUUAGCACUAAUUUAAAAAAAAAAAUGCUUUUGUACUUUUUGCUGUAUAGACAUGUUUU